CCGGCGAGGCGGUUGGCGCCGCUCGGCUGCGAGAGAAGGAGCGCGAGCGGACGCAGCUAUGACUACAGAACAAAUUCCACCGAGGACCUCAGAACCAUCUUAUGCUUGGACCCAGGGAACCACCAAGACCUAUAAUCUUCCAAUUGAGCAUUUGGAUUACGACUUCAUUGAGAAAUGUAAAGAUGAGAACUAUCUGGGAAAAAUUCUGACAGUGCUAAGGUCUGGCGAGGAAGGACUUUAUCCUGAUCUUACAGGAUUUUGUGAAAAGAAAAUUGAAAAGCUGAAUCCAAAUAGUCGUGUUCUUCGUAAAAGUAAACCUGCAGCUACUGCUGCUAGCUUUACUGCAGAUGAAUGGCAAGAAAUCACUGGUGAUCUCAAGAGUUGGACAGAUGAAAUGAAGCAAAAGGAAAAUGAACAAAAUAUUAGGAACACAACAGCAGUGGAUUUCAGCUCAGAAAAUAAUGCACCUGUCCGUGGUGCUAAUUCGUCAAUUCUUUCCUACCAGAAUAGCGGGGACAGAAAAUCAACAGCAAAGAAAUGUGUGAAACCGAAGGAUUACAAGGAAUGGGAUAAAUUUGAUGUGGAAGAAGAAUGUGCUAAGAUUGAUAGAGGCAAGCAAGCAAUUACAUCCAAAACAAUUUUCAAUGAUGGGAUUUCUGGAAUCGAGAAAGAAAUAAAAACUACAGGUAUGAGUGACAAAGAAAAGAUGAUUGCAGCUGACCGAGAAAAGGACAAAGGUAAUGAAGCUUUCCGAGCUGGUGAUUAUAAGGAAGCUUUUGCUUACUACACCAGGAGUAUAUCUGUGUGUCCAACUGUAGCUGCAUAUAACAAUAGAGCUCAAUCAGAAAUUGAGCUUAAGGAAUGGUACAAGGCUCUUAAUGAUUCUGAACAAGUGCUGAAAUUGGAUCCCGGUAAUUUGAAGGCACUUCUACGUCGUGCGACUGUUUAUAAACAUUUAGGCAAGUGUGAAGAUGCAGCAGAGGAUCUCAAGAUAGUUUUGCAAGCAGAGCCGCUCAAUCCUGUAGCAAAGAAAUUGCUUGAGGAAGUUGAGCAGAAGCUAAAAAACUCGCAGCCUCCAUCCAAAACACAGAAAAAGGGGAAAAGGAUGACCAUCAAAGUAGUGGAGGACUCUAUUGAGGAGGAGAGAGAAAAUGCAAAUCAAAAUGAAGAUUCCAAUACGCAAUUCGGUGGAGGUACAACAAAUGCAAAGACUGUAAUGGGAAAUAUAUUGAAAAAGUUUUCAAGCAAACAUGAAGGACAGUCUAAUGAAAAGAACACAGCAAAUGGAAAGAAUGAUAGCCAGAAUACUGCAACACGGGGGAAUGCUGGAAAUGGCAGUAAGGAUAGCUUACCAGCAGUGAGCAAAAAUGGACCUAGUAAACAUAAUUCUGAAACUGGAAGUAAAAAUGUCAAGAAUGAUACCAACACAGCAAAAAGAAGAAAUCAGGAUCCUCCAAAAACUGACGACAUUCAGGUGUCUGCUGUCAGGUCAUUUUCACCGACAGUGAGAGAGAAGAGUUUACAGGCCUUGCCCUCUGCCAUAGCAAAGCUUAAGAGUGAAGGGAAUGAGCUCUUCAAGAAUGGACAGUUUGGAGCUGCAGAACUCAAAUAUACCGAAGCCAUCACUGAACUCACUGAAUCAGCAACAGGCUACCCAGCAGAGCUGAGCAUCUUGUAUUCAAAUCGAGCAGCAUGUUAUCUGAAGGAUGGAAAUAGCAGUGAAUGUAUUCAGGAUUGCACUAGGUCACUGGAGCUGCAACCCUAUUCUAUUAAACCUCUCCUACGGCGUGCUAUGGGCUAUGAAUCCCUAGAGCGUUACCGACAAGCUUAUGUGGAUUACAAAACUGCUCUUCAGAUAGAUAGUAGGAUCCAGAUAGCAAACGACAGUGUAAACAGGAUAACAAGAACAUUGAUAGAGCAGGAUGGGACAAAUUGGCGAGAAAAACUACCACCAAUUCCAACAGUCCCUGUGUCUGCACAGCAGUAUAGAUGGGAUGAAGCGUCUGCUUCCACUGCCAGAAAUAAGACCCUUUCUACUGAUCAAAAACAAAUUAAAUCAGACCAGGACCUAGGUAAAAGCACAGAGGAGCUUUUUAUUUCCUUGAAGACCGAAGGAAAUAGUUUUGUGAAAAAGGCCCGAUACAAGGAAGCUGUUGGAAAGUACAGCGAGUGCCUAAAACUGAAGCCCAAUGAAUGUGCAAUUUACACAAACAGAGCCCUGUGUUACCUCAAGCUAAAUCAGUAUAAGAAUGCUGAAGAUGACUGCAGCUGUGCUCUGAAGCUGGAGCCUUCCAAUGUAAAAGCUUUCUAUCGAAGAGCUCUAGCCUACAAAGGGUUACAGAACUACACAGUUAGUAUUGAUGACCUCAAUAAAGUCCUGAAGCUUGACUCGAACGUUGCUGAAGCUCAGAAGGAAUUACAGGAGGUGUCCGAGCUUCUGAAAAAACAGAGAUCAGCCAGUAGCCAUGAAAAAUCCAGGAAAAAGAUCCAAAUAGACGAGGUUGCUGAUGGAGAUGAAGAGGAGACUGGUCCCAAACAACAAGAUGCCACUAAGCAAGUAGGUUCUGGGGAUCCAACUGAAGAUUUGCCAUACAUAAGAGAAGCCUUUGAAAAUUCUCAUUCACCAUCAGAAAAAGGAGCACUUUUGAAGCCUACAAAUGCUUAUGAAUUUGGCCAAGCCUUCAACGUGCUGAGGUCCAAGAAGGAUUCAACUGCUUGUGCCGAACUGCUAAGAAAUGUAGAACCAAAGGACCUACCGUUGAUGAUCACCAAUAAACUGGAAAGUGAUGCGUUCACCAUGAUUUUUCAGGCAUUGGAAGGACACCUUUUACAGGAGGACCCCAAUCGUGUGUAUCAACAUCUUAUUCAUCUGUGCAAAGUAGAACGGUUUAAGGUGGUGUUGAUGCUUCUAGGCAAAGAGGAAAAAGAACAAGUGCAACAACUCUUCAACAGUCUUUUACAAAUGAAGAGUGACCUUUUCGCCCCUGAAGAUAUUCAAAAUCUAGCAGAAAACUAUGAUAUACAAUCAUAAUUAUUUUGCAGUAAAUAUAAUUCAGAUGUUUAAAUUUAGAGGAGAAUUAAAGCCACUGUAAACUGUAUGGCUAAUAAAGUAAUCUAUAUUUUUCAAUUUUCUCCCCCCCUUAUAUUUCGUGCCUCAAUUAAUAGCUCCAUUACAUUGUUAAGCUUGGGUCUCUUACAGCUAUUUCCUCAUCUCCCUCCUUGAUUUUUUUAAACUAAAAUGUAAGGUUUUAAAAAAAUUGUUCUGUGAAAGCUGUUUUACUUUGCUUUACUCGUUAAUUUAUCAGGAUUUACCAAACCUUAUUGAAUUAUCAGUGCCCUAGUUCAAACUAACCAAACCCAUUAAUUCCGAUCUUGGACUAAGUUACUAUUGGAAUUCAACAUGAAUAUUUUGGCAUUCCUACCGAUAAAUAUAGUACAAUAAGCAUGGCCCCCAGGGGAUAUUUGUUAUCACUACUUUCAACUCUAUUCUACCUCUAGGAAUGUAAGCAGUACAGCAUUUUCAUUUAAAAAUUUUAUACAAAGCUUCAAGUAUCAGAUAUAGAAGUAAUAGAAAUUGGUUCUUGUGUCUCUGCAGUUCUUUUACUCAGGUUAGUGCUACAGCCUUUGUGUCCUUAUCUAUCCACAAACAUUGACUUUGAUCAAACAGGAACUAGGCUCAGCUAAGAUGUGUAUUUAUUAACUCUUCAGCAUGAGUGAUUGAACCUUGAAUUUUGAAUGUAAAAUAUUAAAUGCACUUAAACAGAA